AUGCUUGCCAAUGGCCGCACUGACGAUCCGUUGGAUUCGGCAGAGCUGCUUUGCUACGGGUCUAAAGACUUACAACUUGUUCUACAACGUUACCUCAAAAGGUUUCUGAGUUCUGAGACCAGUUCGCAUUUCAGCACGACACGUUUCCCACCGGCAACUAAGCCACCAGCCGACGACGCAUACAACCCCCGUCGUCUGCUCAACACUUUUGACCAAGAAUAG